AAGCUAGAGUGUACCGAGCCCCCGAGCACUUGUAGUUGCUUGUAGAUUGCGCAUUCUCGCAGCUGCUUCGUCGGCUCUCGUGUGUUCAUUUUUGACUGCACCCGUGAACAGAAAUGCCUCCUGAAGCGAUCGUCAACCUGUCGGGCAAGGUGGCCAUCAUAACAGGUGCAUCUUCAGGCAUUGGCUGGAGCACGGCCAAGCUGUUUGCAAGGCUCGGAGCCAGGUUAUCUCUCAAUGGCCGGAAAGAAGACAAACUAAAGGAAGUAGCAGAAGCAUGCCAGCAGUACAUGCCACAAGACACCAAAAUUCUCCAAACUCCAGGCGACCUAAGGGACACCCAGUUGGCAGAAACCCUUGUAGAAUCGACGAGCAAAAAGUUUGGUAAAAUUGACAUUCUGGUCAACUGUGCAGGCACAAUUUCAAACGGCAGUAUUGAGAACACGUCUCUCGAACAAUAUGAUGAAAUCUUUGCCAUUAAUGUUAGGACGGUCUUCCAUCUGAUGUCGCUGGCUGUGCCGCAUCUGAUCUUCAGCAAAGGAAGCAUUGUCAACGUGUCUAGUGUCACUGGUAUCAGAUCGUUUCAAAACGUGUUGGCCUACUGCAUGACCAAAAGUGCUGUUGAUCAGCUAACCCAUUGUUCGGCCCUAGAGCUGGCGAGCAAGCAAGUCAGGGUCAAUGCCGUCAACCCCGGCGUAGUGGUCACUGAGCUGCAGAAGCGUGGAGGCAUGUCGGACGAGUCCUAUGCAACAUUCCUGGAACAGUCCAAGACAACUCAUCCCCUGGGCCGAGUUGGGAACCCAGAUGACGUGGCCAAAGCCAUUUCGUUUCUGGCCUCAGACGCCGCUUCCUUCAUCACUGGAGUCACACUACCAGUGGACGGCGGGCGGCACGCAACCUGUGCUCGAGAACACUCAGCAUUGUCAGCAUAUUAGAGGCGGGUUUUCCCUCCCGGUGCUUACUGGGGGAGGGG